CCGAAAGAACAGUGCGCAAUUACGCACCUGGAGAGUACUUAGGGAACUGGACCAUCUUGCAACUUUUUACCAAGAAUGACAGAAGAGAACAAGUCCGUGACAGAGCAUCCGCGCAGUCCAGCAGGCAGCGACAGCUCCAUGUCCCAGCAUGGAUCGGAUUCAGAGUCACCGACCUCUCCAGCGGGGUCCGACGCACAGGAGGCAGCGCGCCCGCCCGGGAUUACGCACAAACCGGAGGGCAGCGCGGAGGCUGAGCGCUUCCCUGCCUGCAUCCGCGACGCGGUGUCGCAAGUGCUGAAAGGUUACGACUGGUCGCUGGUGCCGAUGCCCACUCAAGGAGAGAGAGGACUGAAGAGCAAACCCCACGUGAAACGGCCGAUGAACGCGUUCAUGGUUUGGGCGCAGGCAGCGCGGAGAAAGUUGGCGGACCAGUAUCCUCAUCUGCACAACGCUGAGCUCAGCAAGACGCUGGGCAAACUGUGGCGACUCCUCUCUGAAACAGAGAAGCGUCCCUUUGUCGAGGAGGCCGAGAGGCUGAGGAUGCAGCACAAGAAAGACUAUCCAGACUACAAGUACCAGCCUCGGAGACGCAAGAGUACCAAACCUGGACAGGGGGACUGCAGACCUGGACUGGUCCAACAGCAGCAUCAGCAGGGCUUGUAUAAAACAGAACCAGGGGUGGCCAGGCUGGCUGGCACAGGGGAAGUGCACCAUCAUUACCAUCUAGACCGAACAGGUCAGUCUCAUGGGCCUCCAACGCCUCCAACUACUCCGAAAACCGACCUCCACAUGGGGAACAAACAUGAGGGCCAGCGGCCUGUAGACAGCAGCACUGGCUCUGUUCCUCCCACCAGCCGUCAGAACAUUGACUUCAGUAACGUGGACAUCUCAGAGCUCAGCACUGACGUCAUCAGCACCAUCGACGGAUUCGACGUCCACGAGUUCGACCAGUACCUCCCUCCCAACAGCCACGGCUCCACUCUUCUAACCCCGCCAGAUACCAGCCACGGACAAAACAACACCUCUGGAUCCUUCAUCCUGCCCAGCAUCCACUCUCACUCCCAUAGCGUCCCCACGUGGACACCCAAAAGUGGGACUUUCAGUGGAGUGCCACUGUCUUGCUCCAGUCGCGAUGGGCUCCACGAGGAUACCAGCCCAAAACCUCAGAUUAAAACUGAGCAGAUGAGCCCAGGUCACUCCUCCUCAACUCCACCACCACCACAACCUGAGUACACCUCCCUCGGUUCGGGUAUCUGCCCUUCCUCCACUUCCUCCUCAUCCUCCACCAACCAAUCUGAAUACACUGACCUCCAAAGCUCCAGUUUCUACAGCGCCUUCUCCGGCUAUCCUGCCAGUCUGUAUCAGUACCCAUACUUUCACUCCUCUCGCAGGCCUUAUGCCACACCUCUUAUCAACAGCCUGGCCUUGGCACCACCUCCACACAGUCCGCCCUCUGGCUGGGAGCAACCAAUCUAUACAACACUCACCAGGCCUUGAAGAGGAGGAGAUGCUCCAGAAGUUUGCACUCAGAUUGGGACAGAACAGCAGCCUGCCUUAAUGACUUAUAAGAUAAACUUUGGAGAUUUGUUGACUUACAAGUUCAUUCUUAAGCUUUUCACCAGAUUUCUGAAGGACAGUGCUGCUAUCUGUUGGCUAAAGCUUUAUAUUAUGUGUCAAUACAUUGUUACAUUUGUUCAUUUCCAUGGAAAGAAAUUUGUAAUAUUAACAAAGAUUCAGUGUUUUUAAUUUCUCCUGAGUGAAAGGGCCUGAGGCAUGACAUUUAAACCUGCACUGGACACUGAAACGUUCCAUUAAA